AUGAAUAAAAGGGAUUCAUAUAUGGCUAUUAAAAAAACUGUUGAUUGGUCCAGUGCGAGCCGUGUGGAUGACAUGCCCACUUUAGUGGACGACGGGUUCGCUCUAUGGGAGAGUCGGGCAAUAAUGCAAUACCUGUGCAACCGAUACGCGCCGGACAGCACUCUCUACCCGAAGGACCCGAAACAGCGCGCUCUAGUCGACCGGUCUCUCAACUUUGACCUCACAUUUUUGAACCAGAUCAUAGAUGUUUUUACACCCAUAUUUUCAGGAAACCAACCCUCGGCCGAUAAAGUAACCGCGUUUAAUAAUAGCCUCAAAAAUUUGGAUCAAGUGCUAAUUAAGCAAGAUAAGUAUCUCGUUGGCGACCAGUUGACCCUGGCCGAUUUGUCACUACUGGCGUGUUGGGUAUAUUUGGAAAAAGCUCACAUAGAUGUCAGUGCGUACCCCAACUUUCAGCGAUGGGUGGCCGGCCUUCAGGCAGAGCUACCCUAUUAUGAUGAGAUAAAUCCAAUUCAUUCGGUGCCCACUUUGGUGGACAAUGGGGUAGCUCUAUGGGAGAGUCGGGCAAUAAUGCAAUACCUGUGCAACCGAUACGCGCCGGACAGCACUCUCUACCCGAAGGACCCGAAACAGCGCGCUCUAGUGGACCGGUCUCUCAACUUUGACCUCACAUUUUUGAAUCAAAUAAGUGCUGUUGUUCUGUCAACAUGGUCGGGUGGUGAUCAACCGGCCGAUAAAUUGGCUACGUUUCAUGGUACAUUAAAAUUAUUAGACCAAGUGCUAAUUGGUCAAAAUAAGUAUCUGGUUGGCGAUAAUGUUACCAUAGCAGAUUUGUCGUUAUUAUCAAUGUGGGUAUAUCUGGAGAAAUACGGUAUAGAUAUCAGUCCGUACGCUAACUUUCAGCGCUGGGCGGCCGGACUCCGGGCAGAGUUACCCUAUUAUGACGAGUGCAACAGUAUAUCGCAGUCAGAGUGGGACGAGUUUAUUGCCCGAUACUUGGCUUAUGCAGCUGCAUCUAAAACUAAAUAA